ACAAGUGCAAUAAUUGUAUAAAAUGUACGCGAUAAAAAAUAAAUUAUUCCUUAUUAUUAUCAUUGAACUUGUCACAAUAAGUCUUACUGCUACUAAAGUAAUGCCUUUAUUAGAAUUUUCUGCUGGUGACAUAAUUAAUAUAAAUUAUUUGAAAGAAUCGUCAACUGAAACGAUUGGGAAUAUAUUUGAUGGUUAUAAAGAAGAAGAAUUUAUCAAAACUGACUAUUUUACUGGUGAACUUUAUACGGAUAUAAUAAAAAAAUCAUGUAUAUCUCUUGAAUCUAUAUCAUCCUAUUUUCAUCCAGAAGUCAGCAUUGAUGAUACGGUACACAAUCCUACAAAAAUAUUUAACGAUACACUCAAAUAUAAUUACUUUGGCAUUAGCCAAAAUUAUAUUGAUAAUAAAUAUCUGUAUGGUAUUGUUAAAAUAUGUAAAGUCGAGCAAACUCAAAAUGUAAACAUUCGAAUGAUUAACAGAAGUGAUUUUCCAACUAUUAAUAAAGGCAUAAAUCAAAAUUUAUUACUUGGUGAAAUAGCAGUUUUACGAUUAAAAGGAAAUAAUGAAACCCAUUUCGUAUCGUCCAUUGCGCUCGGAGAGUGCCUGCUCCAAGUUUAUGUUAACGAAGCAGGAAAGUGUAAUUUAACAGAUGAAAUCCAGAAGAAACAUAAUUCCGACGAUUUUUUCGAAUCCUCAUUGCAUAGAAGCCCCGUAAUAGCAGCCAGUAAUAAGCGCAAUCUUGAAAAUAUAAUCAAUGAAGAUUUAAAUAAUUCUGGGAAAUCACUUUUCGAUUUAAGUAAUAAUCCAAUGGCUUACCUCAGUAUUCUCAAUCUUCUGAUGCAAAACGCUGUUAUUCGAAUUAAAUUACAUUCACUACCUAAAUUACCAGAAUCGCUAAUCAGAUCAGUCGAGAAUCCAAUUACUUAUAAAACUCUAUUGAAACGUUUAAAACCUGGUGAUAUUAUCAAUGCUUCCAAUUUAAAAGCUAUAAAUUCAUCUAUUACGGUCGAUAAUAUCUUAGUCGACGUAUAUGAUGAAACAGUUAACCGAUCGAUGACGUUCAAAUAUACUGAUUGUUUCGGGUACGACGUCAAUGAUAAACCAAUACUGAAUUAUGUCACUUAUAAAACAUACCCUAAUUAUUUGGCUGAAUCUUAUUAUAAAUUUGACUUAUUUGACGAAAUGGUUAAACGCAAACACUAUGGAAUUGAUCGCAAAUAUUUAAAUAAUAAUUACAAAUGUAUGAAGAUUACUGUUUGUUCUGAAUUUGUAAGGCAAAAAUUAAUUAUUCCAUCUGUUCGUGUCAUCAAUUUGGGCCAACAGAACAUUAGGCAUUCAAGUAUUUUUUAUGGUGAAAAUAUCGUCUUACGUUAUAGGAUAGAUGAAGAAACGCACUAUGUUGCUCGUACGGAAAGAGGCAAUUGUUUGUUCCAGGCAUUGGUGUUUCCAAAUGAUGGUAUAAACCGUGAAUAUAAUACACUAAAUUUAUCUCCUUUAUACACCGGCAAAAUAAUAUCAGCAACUGACGAUCCUGUCUUUGAAAAACGGGCAGAAAGUUUUGUCAGAAAUCUGACAGGAAUUUACUCAAAAACUCUCAUGGGUGUCAUAAAUAAUCCUGAAACGAAAGCAUCUUUUUUCUCACACUUAGUUUUUAAUAACCAUAAUUUUACUCUCAUAAAUAUUUAUCUAGACUAUUUGUAUUGAAUUUAUCAAUUGUUUAUAUGAUUAAGUUAUUUUAUCAUAUUUCUCUUAUACUUACAUCACUUAUUUUUUUAGAUAUUAAGAGUAAUUUAUCAAGUUUUAUAUUCAAUAUAAAAAAUUUGAUAAGGUCCCUGACGGACCCAAAUUACAGUAAUUUACGGUAAACCCACCGUAAAUUACGGUAAUCCACCGUAAAAUACCAAUUUACCGUAAAUUACGGUGGAUUUACCGUAAUUUACGGUAAAUCUACUCGAAUUUUACGGUAUUCUACGGUAGAUUUACGGUAAAAUUACGGUAAAUCAGGUUUGCUAGGGGUACACUGAACGAAAGGUUAUCUUUGUUCAAAGAGAAUUUUCUUGAGUCGAAAAAAAUAUUUAGGAA